AUGAUGAUUUCAAAGACUAUUUACAGAGGUUCCAGAGUCCCAGCUGCCUCUAGAUUAUUCACAAAUUCUCCUAUGGCUCGUUCUAUUCACAAUUCUAACAUUGAUUCUAAAGGUAUCAAAGAAACUUUAGAAGACGUUAACAAGAAAGUUGGUAAAGCUGCAGCUGAAGGUAUUGAGAAGACCGAAGAAGCAACUCAUCACUUGGGUGAAAAUUUCCAAAAUGUUGAAGAAAAAGUGAAAGGGAUAUUCAAUAUGACAGGGCAGGAUGCCAAGGAAGCUGCUGACACGGCUUCAAACAAGGCCAGCGAUCUUGCAGAGAAAGGUAAGGAACACGCCCAAGCCAAAGGUAGAGAGGCUGCUGCCAAGGGUAAGGAAGCCGCUGCCAAGGGUAAAGAAAAACUGGAAAAUGCUGCUGACAAACUAAACGAAUAA